UUUACAGAUAGAAAUCAUAUAUCAGUAAUAAGGUCAGUUUUUCUACAGAAAAAAUACUUUUACUUGUGAUCCUCUCAAGUAAUAUUUGAUAAUAUUUCUGUACUAAAGUUGUAUUUUAAUUGAGAGCAGAACUUGGAAGUAAUUUUAUACAUUGUUCAAUUGGUGCUUUCACUUGAGUAUCUGAAUACAUCUUCCAUCGCUGAGGUAAAAUCACACAUUUACGUGUUCAUGUCUGACUUUACAGCAAUGGGAGGAGGCCAUUCUACUGAACCAGAGCCAGAGCCAGUGCUGCUGCCAGUGCCAUGGAGGACACUGCCAGAAUAUAACUUGGAUAAUCUGGAGUUUGUGAAAUCUUAUAAACCUCACAACAAAGAAGCCACACAACUCAGAAUUCUGCUUCAUGGACCAAAUCACGCUGGGAAGUCAAGUUUCAUCAACUCUGUUGAAAGUGUUUUACAAGGCAGAGUUACCGAUCGAGCCGCUACAGACGCAAUAUCUGGGAUGAGCUUUACCAAAAAUUACAAAACUCACAAAAUCCAGAAAGACCCAGAGCGAUAUUACUCUUUCGUUUUCAAUGACGUCAUGGGCUUGGAGGACAAUACAGACUGUGGAGUCUGUGAGGAAGACCUGAACCUCGCCCUGAGAGGACACGUGAAAGAAUAUUACAAGUUCAAUCCCCAUAGUCAUUUGACGGAGAAUGAUCAAGAAUACAACUCAAGUCCCACACUGGCAGACAAAGUUCACAUUUUGGUUUCUGUUGUUUCUGCCGACUCACUAACUUUGCUAAAAAAGGAUGUUGUGAGGAAAAUGAGAAACAUCAGAUUGGCAGCCAGUGAAAUGGGGAUUCCCCAACUGGCCAUUAUAACUAAAGUUGAUGAGGCCUGUCCUGAGGCUGCAAAAAAUAUGAACAAUAUCUAUAAGAGCAAACUCCUGAAGGAAAAGGUCGACAAAUUACACAAUUUGCUUGGCCUUUCAAGAAACCGCAUCUUUCUCGUGAAGAACUACAACUCAGAAUUGGAAACAAAUGAUGCCAUUGACGCUCCGAUUCUGUUGGCCCUGAAACAGAUGCUUCACUCUGGCGAAGACUUCCUCAACAACCUGUAGACAUGCGUACUGCUGAGGCACUGCAGCUGAUGGGAAAAUGGCUUUAAAAACAGCUUUUUAAACUAAAGAGCAUGAUCAUUUUCAAUGAUUUUUAUUUUCAAGGAUGUUAUGUUCUUUAUAUUCAGACUUCAAUAACACAUCUUAGUUGAGUCUGACAUUUUUCUUGUUGCACUCACAGAAGUGUGCUUGUGUCCAAGGAAACUCAAACUGCUAAAUAAAAUAAAUGCAUACAUAAAAAGAAUACACAUUAUUUACAACAGUAUAUGUGCAUAGAAAGUUACAUGCCAAGCAGGGCAGUGCUUGUUUUUCCCUGCUGCUUUUCUCUCUCUCCCGACAUGUCAGGUUUUAACUGGCCUCUUCAUUGGUUUCUCCCUUUCUGAGCUGACCUAUCACCAUUCAGGGCCCUGUAUAAACAGAGACACUCAUGAUCACACUCAGGUUUGCGGUAGGAGGUAGGGCUACAGGUAAAUUGGAAAUGAAAAUGAAAAUGGCAUCAAAGAGUAAAAAGAACGUUCUGAGUUCAGAGAUUAAAGUCCUUUUCCAGUGAUCAAAAAAUGAAAGUUUAUUCAGCAGCGUCAGCAGCAGUUAAAUGACCGGCUGACUUAAGCAGAGCUGUUAAAGCACUAAUAAAGAUGAAAUGCAUCGAUGUAUGAUAAAAAAACAGCAAGAGAGAUUGAUGACUGUAAGCGUGUCAAGGUCUCUGUCACUGCUAUGGAUGGAAAAAUGUGACAUAACAGGUUAUGUUGCACUGGCACGUUUCUUUGUUCAUCGAAAAAUUAUACAUUAUGCAGCAUGCAAAAAUAAAUUGACUGUCUUUUCUGGAGUGUGGCGCAACCACUCACGUUGAUUUAUCGUAACGUGAAAACUAUAAAUUCCUUAAAUGUAGCAUACAUAUUGAUUAAGUCGAUUUUUCUACUUAACUUAUCUAUUCUAUUACAUGCACAAUUGCUUCAUUCUGUUCAAAUAGGGCAUAAACUCAGCCCAUAUAGCUGAGCGACAUAGGUUCUAAGAAGAAAAAAAUUUGCCUUUGAAUAUACAAAGGCCUUUUACUGCAUCAACUGAAUUUGAUCACAACAUAAAAUGUCUCAAGGUAGAUUUGAACAGGGCCCAAAUGCAGAGAGCAGUCUGAUAAUAAUUUCAAUUAAAGCUGCGAGCAGCGAUGAUCGGGCCCUCGCACUCUCGCCGUCGGGGACGCGCCGGCAGCUGCUCUCGACACGUCCACCCAACAGUCUCUCAAAAUGCUCUAUUUAAGUCCAAGUGUUCAUAAUCCUGGCAGAUCAUGACAAGUGCAAAAAUUGCCUUACAAUAAAGUGUAUUUUUGAAGUGAUUGGUUUCUCAUUGCAUAAAUAUAAAACAAUGUAUACCACUGAUUCAAUACUACCCAUGUAAUAUCUCAAAGAAAAGCAUUACAAGUUUAUCAAAUUAAAAAAUUCUGUUAUAUUGUCAGGUUUUAUUUUGCACAUGAAUAAAAUACAAAGUAGGUGUGUUGAAUAUUCAUAAUACUAAGGUAGGUUUAUGUAUUUGGAUCUACAAUUUUUAUGUUUGAACAUAGUAGCAGGAUUUGUUUUCUGAUUCAUCUGGAUGCAAAUCCAAGGCAAUAAAAUAAUAUUUUUCAUCUUCUAACAUCUAUCUAAGAAAUAAUAAUAAUAAAUAAUAAUAAUCUAAGAAAAACAAAGCAUGCGUAAAUAGUCACUCAUUUAACAACAACAUAACACUGACAAGGUAACAACCCCAACCCAAUAAUCUUGUAAAACUUUUCUUAUCCUUUUAACAGAAGAGCAGUCAGGUCUUCUUUUGGGUGGUCUCUGGACAUGGUGGUUAUAGUCUGAGCCAGCCAGUAAGAUUCAGGCUUCAAAGAGAGAAGAGCUGACGCUGAAGCGCUUGCUGGCAUACAGUACAUCAGCAUGUGAUUGUACAAUGACUCCAGCACUUCAGUUGACCUGCAAAUUCAGAGUAAACUGUUACAUUACUUUUUUUUAUUAAAAAUAAUGUAGUCUAAGUGCACAUGUUGUGUUACACAAUCACAAUCACCAAUCAAACAUGACUCCCUCCAUCCUAGACAGGGUCGUCAACAGCCUUCCCAAUACCACUUUCACACUACCGCGUAGACCCGGGUCUUUUAAACGCGGUUCGACCCACGUUUAAUCAGCAAUUGGCCACUUUUACACUGCAAACAGACCAGGGUCUGAUGAUCGUGAAGUGACAGUUGGCGGCCAUAGAUGGCAGUAGAAAGCGGUGCGCGCCAUAAAACAAAGAAGAAGAACAGUGUAGUAAACAACAGUUACCUUGUAUCUUGUACCUUUGUCACUCUUCAGAGUAUACAAUCUCAGCGCAGUGUUACGAGCUAAGCCUGGCCCUUGAAGCAGGAGCUUUAUGGGAAUUGAAGUGUGUGUGUGUGUAUGAGAGAUGAAGAAGGUUGGCGAUGCGCCCUGUUGUUGUGUGUACGUAGCUGCAGCCACUGAGGUCUACUUACAGUUUAUGGCCACUGUGAGAAGUGAGAGACCACCUGUUGAGGCCAUGUAUGUCCACUGAAGGGUUAAAAUAAAGUUCCCCUUUUUAUACCUCA